AUGGCUAACCCUGUCCCAUCAGCCUGCUGCGUGGUGCUUGCUGCAGUGGUGGUGGUGUAUGCACAGAGACACAGCCAGCAGGACAGCCACAUCCAGUAUGAACAGGUAGGAGCAGAUGUGACCAUGAAGUGUGGCUCCAUGGACUGGGAUGCAGCUGUGACCUGGACGGCCAAUGGCACCGACAUUGAUGAGUCCCACCUGAACGGGUCCUACCUGAUCCUGAAGAAUGUCAACUUGACACAGAGCGGCCAGUACUCCUGCUACGAGGGCUCCUCCUGGCACCUCAAAUACCAGACCUACCUACGGGUGGGAACCCCCCCCAAGGAGCCACUGCUGAUGUGCAGGUCAAACAACUACCCAAAGGGUUUCUACUGCAGCUGGCACCUGCCCACCCCCACCUACAUCCCCAACUCCUUCAACAUCUCUGUCAUACACGGCACGAAAGAGAUGGUCUGCGAGAAGGAUGUCUUGCCCAAAAACAGAUGUCACAUCAGAUACCUCCAGCUCUUCUCGACGGUGAAGUACAAGGUGACUCUGACAGUCACGAAUGCCUUGGGCAAAAACUCCACCACUCUCACCUUUGACGAGUUCGCCAUAGUAAAACCAGACCCUCCAGAGAGCGUGGUGGCCAAACCUGUGCCCAAUAACCCUCGGAGGCUGGAGGUGUCAUGGCAAAACCCCUCAUCCUGGCCGGACCCUGAGUCUUUCCCACUCAAGUUCUUCCUGCGGUAUCGGCCCCUCAUCCUGGACCAGUGGCAACACGUUGAGCUGUCAGAUGGGACAUCACACACCAUCACAGACGCCUAUGCUGGCAAGGAGUACAUCAUCCAGGUGGCAGCCAAGGACAAUGACAUUGGCACAUGGAGUGACUGGAGUGUGGCUGUCCAUGCCACCCCCUGGACAGAGGAGCCCAAACAUCUCACCACGGAGGCCCAGGUCACAGAGACAAGUGCUAGCACCUCCUCUUUCAUGCCACCCCCCACCACCAAGAUCUGUGACAAGGGGGCCGUGGUGCGCAGUGGAGCCGUGGCAGUGUGUUGGACAGCUGGACUGGUCUUGGCUGCCUAUGGUGUCUUCUUUAUUUAG